AUGACAAGUGCGNUUACUUCUCCAAACGAACGGGUCUCUGAUAGCCGAUUGGCCUCUGCUAACAUUGACCCCGCCGGAGCCGCGGCCCUAAGGCCGCCCUCCGGAUCACGGCGCGUUGCGACUUCGCCCGCUCCUGCCUCGCUUUCUGGGUCCUCCCCGUCGGAGAAGAGGACCCGUCCGCCUGGUCCACCCCCGCCUGUGCCUGGUGCCCGCCUUUUGCCCCUUCGCCCUGCACCGGCUCCGCCGUUUGAUGACAAGUGCGAGUACGCUUCGGAUGACGUCCUUCUUUUCUGGAAACCUCCGUCUGUGUUCUCGCAAUGGACUCCUUCGGCUUUUGACGUACUGGGGGUACGUUAUUCAUGUGGUGAGCAAUUCAUGAUGUCUGAAAAAGCGAAGUUGUUCGGAGAUAUGACGUCGUAUGACAAAAUUAUGGCUGCAACAGAUCCUAAGACACACAAGUUUUUGGGUCGAAAUGUGCGUCCUUUCGACAAUGCUGAACGGGAGCGUCGUCGUGAAGAGAUCGUGCUUACGGGGUCGUAUACCAAAUUUGCUCAAAACCAUGACAUGAAACAUCAUCUACUGGAGACGGGUACCCGCCUCCUUGCAGAAGCCAGCCCCUUCGAUCGUGUUUGGGGUAUCGGCAUGUCUGCAUGCUUUCCAGAUGCUAGCGAUUUAUCCAAGUGGACGGUUAGCGGUUCUUCGCUACGGAAGGACCCGGCGAAGACCCAGCUUGUCUACGUUUGGACGCUCCGGGCGACCAUGCUCUUGGCGUUCAUCUGGACCACUCGUCUGCCGGAUACUGGCGUGCCCCGUGUCUACGUGCCAGUGCUGAUGCGUCCGUGGGUCUUUCAUGCAUGCCAUACGGCCGCGUCAUUCCAUCUCGGCGUCCAUCGUACACAGCGUCUGCUCGAGCGCUUCUACUGGUGGAUUGGUUUGGAUCGUUCCGUGCGCUGGUGGCUUCGGGCGUGUUUGGUGUGUCAAGCUCGCAAGACUUCACGUCAGACUGCUCGGUGGCCCGUCAUCGCUAUGCCAUUGCCGCAGGGGCCUGGUACGGUCGUCGGCGUCGACUUCUUCGGACCUCUGCCAGUGACUGCCAAGGGCAACUCCUACAUUUUGUUGUUCACAGACCGUUUCAGUCGGAGAGCCGACAUGUUCGCAGUUACAGCGGCGGAAUUUACGGCGAGAGGGACGGCUCACAUCUUCGUCAACCAAUACAUGACCAAGUGGGGAUGUCCGACUACGUUAUUGUCGGACAACGGACUGCAUUUCUGCUCGAAGCUCUCCAUGGCGAUCUACGAGGUGAUGAAGAUCAAGAAGGUCACCACCAGCUCCUACCACCCACAGACCAACGGCGGCACUGAACGCGUCAACCACACGAUGGCCCAGAUGCUUGCGGUGGUCGUCAACGAACAGCAAAACGAUUGGGACAUUCAUCUCCCGCACGUUGAGUUUGCCUACAACAAUUCCGUAAACCAGUCCACUGGAUUAGCGCCAAACGACAUCUACAUCGGACGCAUCCCGCGACUCCCGCUUUCGGUCUUCGAUCGUCCCACGGGUAACCGUACAUAUCGAGUGGCUCGGACUCGCGCGGCACAGCGGGAACUAGCCCGGAAUCGUGGAGAACGGUAUUUGCCCCCUGGGGCUGAUCUUGUGCUUAACGCGACUUGGCUUCGCCGUUUCAGCACUUCGCCCCUCCCUGUUGGGCGCGAC